UGUAUAUAGUGUGGCCUUAUUCAGCUUCAGUAAAGACUUAACGGUAUCAUAAUCUUAUUAAAUCGAACAUCGGUAAAAACGUUGAGAAAAGCGUUCAUCGAUUAUAUAUAGAGGCCUUAAACUCAGCCAUGCCGAGCAGAAAAGGAGGCAGUCGUGAUGCUAAAAAGUUCGUGACUUCAAGUGUAACUGGAGUAGUAAAGCGGUAUUUUAGUACCGGUGGUUAUGGGUUUAUUACCGAGGAUAAUACAUAUCGGGAUGUAUUUUUUCAUAUCUCUGCUGUUUCAAACGGUAGGUCUAGUCGAGGAGAUGAAAUACGAGUUGGAGAUGAGGUGGUAUAUGAUUUGUAUUUAGGUCCGAAAGGAUACAGAGCAGAGUCGGUUCGGAUUCUUAACCAAGAAGAUUCGGACUCAGAUGAUAAAGAAGAAAGCAACAGGCAUGAGACUUCGAGGCAACGGAAAUGGGGAGACUAUAACGACGAUUGUGAAAGUAGCGAUGACGACUGCAGUGUACCAAGCAGAGGUCGCCCUUCGGCAUCACCUACUAUGUGGCCGAGAUUUGGGCUGAGAGAUCCACCCAGAAGAAAGGCGGACAGCAGUCCAGGAAUAAAACAUCAGGAAAGGAAAACAAAUGUCAAAGAUAAUACACACAAGUCUUGGUACUUUUGCGGGGACUGCUAUGAUUAUCAUCCCAAUACUAAUCAUGAUUGUGAUAGUGUCAAGCGGGAGGAGACCGGUAAGCCGUCAGUGUAUACAAAAGCGAAAACCGACAGUAAACCUUUUAAAAAUUCUGGAACCUUCAAUGAUGGGACUCCAUUCGCCAGUCAGCAUUUCUCCAAACCGAGCAAAAAGUCAGAUCCACAACCAACAAAACCUACAUACAAACCCUUUCAGUUUGGAUUUGGGAUUGAUCCUCUUAACACAGGAAUUGGUGUCGGCAAGAAUCCGUUUGGUACUGGAGUUCCUUUCCCUCGAAACAGUGAGCCAUCAGAGGGGGCAAAGGGGACAACUCCAACUUCUGCUUCUACUAACACCAAAAAGUCGGAUACAGAGAAAAAAGUUCCAAAUCCACAACCAUCUACGCCAUCUACACAUCUUCCUAAGAAAGGUAUUCUGAAGAAUCCCUCAAACAGAGGCUUCUUCAUUUACACGGGUAUCCCGCCUCGAUCCCCGCGAUUGAGCAGCCAGAAGCCUCAGGAAAAGAACGCCGACAUAAAAUCUGAUGUCAAUGCAAGCAAAUCAGAUCUUGAUCCAAACCAGCACUUAAGUAGACGAUCAACCCUGUAUAGUUUUUCGUACGUUGGCAAAACCGAAAGCUUCGAUAUUCCUAUGAAACACGCUGAUCCAUUCAGCUCUGGGGCCAGAGGGCCAAAUCAUCAGAAGCCUAACAGAAGUACUCCUGAGAAUGCCAAACCUGCCAGGAGUUCAGAACAAAAUAUGAAAGGAAGUGGAACCAAUGCAGAUGACGCAAAGUCAACGGGUAGAACUGCAACAGAAGAGCAACCCACCCAGACCAACACCAAACCCCAAAUGAAAGAAACCACUGCGUCCAAGGAAAACCUAACAGACUCUAAUAAGACACAUGAAAAGGAAACCAAGAAGAAAGCAUCAACCACCGUUUCAAGUUUAAGCAGAGAAGCAGGAAACUUUUUCUUCAGUUCAGCUCGAGAUCAAAGGAGUGAUUUGGUCAAAUCUAUAAGUUUAAAGAGUGCGCUUGGCUGUUACAAGAAAGCCUGCAACUGGUCGUAUCAAGACGAGGACUUUGUGUCAGCGGCGAAAAACGCGGCAACCACUUGUUGGAAAUUAGCUAAGCUCCAAAUGGCGUCAAGAAGUGCUUCUGAUCUAAAGGAAACUGGCAAAUACUUCAAAGAUGCUCUACAGUACUUCAGCAAAGCUUACCGCAAAAGAAGCUGCAGAGGGCAGGAUUGGGCCAAGCAUUUGGAGAAGUCCAUUCAGAGCUGUCUCGAUGACAUAAAAACUUGGAUUGCACCUAAAGAUGACGAUGAUCAGAUAACAACUUUAAAGGAAUAUUUAGGAUACCUACCUACAUGUGGCGCCAAAAUCAACGGAUAUCUUCACAUUGCAAAUAUCCAUAUGAAAAGGGGCAAGGAAGCUUUGCAGUUCGACGAGUAUGAAAACUGUCAAAGGUAUCUGAAAGACUGUUGUGUUCCUCUUGGAGAAGCAGAGAAUAUGUUAUAUGAUGAUGUAGAACCAACCAUUCGUCUGAGUGUCAAUGCGUUGAAGAAGAACGUUGGCUACCACGAGAGCCUUGUCAAAAAGGCUUUAGCAAGAGUAAAAGAAGCACAAGCGCGUCAGCAACGGGAAAAGGCGGAUGAAGAGGCGAAGAAGAUGGCAAUGGACCAACUGAAGUUUGACAUACGAACGCUGGAUUAUUUCUCAAAGCUCUCCAUUGAAGAAUUUGUUAAGCAGGUUUAUCGCAAGUGGCCGCCAAAGGGUACCAAAUCUCCUGACGUAUCAUCGACAUCGUCGUCGUCAUCAUCAAAGAAGAAGUUGUUGAUUCGAGCAAUCAGUCAAUACCACCCGGACAAGGUGGAUAAGGAGAUACAUGGUAUCAAGUGGCAGUUACUUUCGUGUGAAAUCACUAAAUGCCUCAGCAUGAAACUAGCCAUUAUCAAAUAGAAGAACACUUUUCAUGAAAUCAUUUAGGGAAUUACCUCAGUAUAGGCCUAUACAGUGCGUCCCACAAAAAACGAAACCGAGAUUUAUUGAUGAUUUAUCAUAACUUAAUCGCAAAUACAAUAUACAAAUGACCUACCAUUUUAAAGCUUAGAAUCUCCUCUUUCAUCUGAAAUUACUUAGAUUAUUUCUCAUUCACGCAUGAGUGAGCAAAAACAAUUUGAAAAGGGGAUACCAAAAGUCACUUGGCGGGCCGUAUCUGGGUUUUAAAAAGAAAACCACACUUUUAAAAAGUUCAAUAUCUGCUCUUUAAUUUGAUACCUCAAUUACAGAAAAUGGUCAAGAAAUAACAAAGUUCUGGUUAUUUGAAAUAAGGCUUGAAUUUCAAUAAUUUCAUAAAAUGAAGAGGUUUUACAGGCUAGCUUUCAAACUCACUCGACACUCCGUUUUGUUGACGAUCAGCCAUACAUUAAGUCUUUUGUCACCGUGCGAUAGCUUCAGUGCAUGGGAAACCGGUGAAAACACGUUUAUUUUAUGAAAUUAUGGAAAUACAAGCAUUGUUUCGAGGGAUCAUAACUUUUUUACUACUUGACCAUUUUAUGUGAUUUAGGUAUCAAAGAAAAGAGAAGAUAUUGAACUUUUUAGUCAUGUGAUUUUCUUUUUAAAAAUUCAGAUACCCCCGCCAAAUGAGUUUUUGGCAUCCUUUCUUCGAAUUGUUUUUGCUCAAUCAUGCGUGAAUGAGGAAUAAUCUAAGUAAUACCAGAUGAAAGAAGAGAUUCUAAGCUUUACAUUGGUAGGUCAUUUGUCUAUUUUAUUUAUGAUUAAGUUAUGAUAAAUCAUCGCUAAAUCUCGGUUUCGUUUUUUCUGGGACGCACUGUAUAGUUGAUUUCAUUGUUCCCCCCACAACUCGCAUUAAUUUCUUAUACCAUCGUUCAUUUAUAUCUUUUAAAAUAACGGUUUCAACCGUUUUAUGUUGAUUAGUACACAUUAUGAGACAUAAUUUAAUAUGAUUUUGCAUUUAAGAAUUCAGUUCGAAAAUGUCAAAAAUUUAAAUUGAAACUCAAAACGACUAUCAUUGAAUUUUUCUGUUUGGAUUAUAAUAGAUGUUGAAUAAUUCAUAUGCAAAAAAAAAUCAAAACUGUAAAGGUAUGAUCUUAAGUUCCAAUGUUGGGUCAAUUUCAUAAAAUUUGUUAAAAUAACAAAUUUGCAAAAACAGUUUAAAGCUACUGAAAUCAUCUAGUAAACUUGCCAUAAAAAUUUGAUAUUAUAAAAAGUCUCUGUAAAACGGGACUCAGAUGUUACAGACAUAAAAUGUCAUAUUAAUAAGCAAUUAAUCAACCCCUUUUUUUAAUUCAGGUGACGAGACAAACUCACUUUCUCGGCAAGCUGAUCACGCGAAAGAUGACGUAUACUGUCUAAGGAAUCGUAUAUUUCAAUUUCCACAGAUAACGAUCGUAAUUUAGUCUUACAUUUUGUUAUUUUUACUCAUAGAUUAAAGUGUUAUGUGCAUAUCUCGAUCUAUAUUGUUUGUAUGAUUAUAAUAAUUUUAUGCAGUGUUAUUGUAAUAUUUUUUUUUCUUGUUGGAAUCGAAAGAAACACGAUUUAAAAUUUGAAUUUGGAAACAUUAUCGACAGCGAUUACAAAGCCCAUUAAAAUCAGAAGCAUUUUGCUUAGAUAAGUUAUUUCUCCAUUUAUGCAAGCAUUCAAGAAUAUUAAAAAUCAUUCAGGAAUAAUGAACCUUAAUUUCCCUUUAUAAAGGAAAGUAUAAGCGUUGUGGGGAUAUUUCGCUCUUAGUUCUACUACAUGCAGUUGGUGCUUAUUUAUGAGAAUUUUCAUAGUUGUACAAAAUGUAAAUAAAUUACCACGGUGCACUUUCAUGGUUACUAAUUUUGUGUAAAAUGAUACCACCAUAAUACCUAGUUACCACUUACAUGAUUUGCGACACGAUUCAAAUGUACUCAAUCGUGAAGUGAUCGUAGUGAUCUUAUCAGAUCAUAUCAAAUCAGUUGUGGUAAUCGUAAUUGAUCGUAGAAAAUGUUUGAAUGGUUCAAAAUUUCGCGAUCAGUUAUCGUGGCUUUCGUAAUAACGGGAUUAAGAUUUUCUUCUCUUGUUAUAUACCUUUGAAGCGGUCUGUUCAUCAAUAUUUAUAUUGUUAUUGUAAGCAGCAUCAUCCAUGUCUUUCAUUUCAUUUCAUUUAUUUUAUUUCAACACGGUAAACGAACUUCAGCCAACGGCUGUUCUUCUGAACGUCCGUGAGUACUUAUUAAAAUCACAUUACAUGUAUACAUGUGGAGCGUUGUGGCCCAGUGGAUUAGUCUUCGGACUUUGAAACAGAGGGUCGUGGGUUCGAAUCCCAGCCAUGGCGUAAUUUCCUUCAGCAAGAAACUGAUCCACAGUGUGCUGCACUCAACCCAGGUGAGGUAAAUGGGUACCGGUAGGAAGUAAUUCCUUAAAAAGCUGUGUGCGCUCUGAGCGCCUAGCUUAGCCGGGUAAUAUAGGAGCGCCUUGAGCACCAAACAAGGUGGAUAUGUGCGCAAUAUAAAUACCCCUAUAUUAUAUACAAUUAAGAUACAUAAUACGAAAUAAAUAUACAAUUAAAAUAUCAUCAAUAUUACAAAGAAAAACAAACAAAUUGAACAAACAAGUUUACAUCACUCUGGCGUCCAAUCUAAAUAUGUUGAAACUAGUUACUUUUAAGUCAUUAGGUAUAGUGCGUUCCAGCUUCUGGCCCCCCUGUACCGUAAACUUCUUUUCUUAUAAUUGCUUUUAACUUAGAAGGGUAAUUUGAUUUUUAGAGACGAUGAUCUUAGCAUGUAGUUACAAUCACUUAAAAUAAACUGUUUAUGAAUACUCUCUGGUAUAGCAAAUCAUGCAUUAUCUUGUACAUUGUUUGUAAGGUGCGUACAUUUCUUUCUAACAAUCUUUUAAUUUCUAAUUCUUGAAAUAUAUGUUCGGAUGGGUACAUCCAAUCCAUUAUAGUCUUUGUUGUUAUGAUGUUGUUAUGAUGUAGAUGUGUUUGAUCUGAACUAUUUAUUAGUUUAAACUUAUACCCCGUUGGAGUAAUGAGUGAAACAAAUUUUAAGGGGGCUCAAGUUUCAGAUACUCCUCUCUUUACUACGAACGAUUCGCAAGCCAUCAUUUUUAUUAAUGUUCACUAUACAUUUUGCAUGUAAUAAGGUCAAAUCGAUAAGAUUUUCAAAGAAAUAACAUGCAUGUUUUGUUAAAACUGGCAUGCCAGUAUUCGUCAAAACACACAUUUUUAGAGCUUGCCGGCAUGCCGGUGGGCGUCUUCACGCCAUUCACCCCACACACAAAAUACGCCAGUAAUGUUUCUUAUAAAUUGAAACACGUAUAUUUGCAUGAUUCAUUUGCAAUCAAGACUAUAUAUAGUGUAAAAACUUUAACUAUUGUAGAAUAUUAUGAUGAUAUAUAUCGUGUUUAUUUACAAUAUCUUCGAACGUAUAUGACUUUGAUGGGAGGUGACCUUCAGACAAAGAAAUUACAGUAUGAAAAUUAUAGUGUUUCAGAAUAGAGACUUUAAAUCUGUUCCUGGAUUUUAGAGCAAUGAGAGUCUUAAAGAUUUUGCUGAAUAAAAAUGAUGGUAAAAUACUA